AUGAGUGCUGGUCAGAUUCUCUCAAACUGCUCUCAAACACUGCACGGCUUCCUGGUCACUGUGGCAACCAACUGGCAGUGUGUAGUACAGUAUGUAAGCAGCUCAGUGAAAAAGAUGUUUGGAGUAUUGAGGAGCAUGUCUGCAGCAGGUUCUGUGUCAGAACGUGUGGAGUCACGGGACCUGGCGUCCGUGGUGCGGAAUCUGACCCGGUUCUCAUCUCCAUGGGUGCGGCCGGUCCGGUUCUGGGAGAGGCCGGUGAAGGUCAAUGUGGACAUGAGGGUUCUCGCGAUACUUAACGUGAAUGAGAAAGAGGAAGAGAUAAAGCUGCAUGUUAUCAUCAGUCAGGGGUGGAAGGAUGAACAUGUGUGGUGGAAUGCUUCUUCAUAUGGAGGAUUGGAACACAUCUCUCUACCCUCGACUCUGAUAUGGACCCCUGACAUCGCCGUCCGGGAGGCGAUCUCUGAGGAGAGGCAGCACACAGACGCCUUUGUGAGAGUGAACAGUAGUGGCUGGGUCAGCAGGGAGGAGGUUGUCAUGGUGACCCUGCGCUGUGAUCUGGCCAUGAUGCUCUUCCCCUUCGACACGCAACACUGCAACCUCACCCUCCACUCCCACCUACACACAGUUCAGGAACUGGAGCUGUGUUUGGAACAGUCCAGUGUGCUGAGCAGGACCCUCAUUCCCGUCAGCACUCACGGCGAAUGGGAUCUCACCUCCCACGCACGCGGCGUCACCCUCGGCCAAUCCCACGCCGGACGCCCACACUCCCAGCUCACCUUUCAGCUGGGUCUAAGUCGCCACUCCCUGUUCUACGUCUUGAACCUGCUGGUGCCCAGCGCCCUGGUCAUGCUGGUGGACCUGGCUGGCUUCUGCAUCCCUGUGGACAGUGCCGAGCGGCUUCCCUUCAAGGUGACCCUGUUGCUAGGAUACACCGUCUACCUGCUCCUCGCCACCGACCUGCUGCCCCCUUUCAGGGACAGCACGCCCAUGCUGGGUGUGUAUCUGGUGGUGUGCCUGGUGUUCCUGUCCGUGAGCUUGAGUGAGAGUGCGCUGCUGCUUGCUCUGGGUCAGCAUGACACUCACACCAGUGACCAGCCCAGUCCACUGUACAGAAUGGCCCUGAGGAUGAACUUACACCUGCCGCCACCAGAGGGCGCUCGUCAGCAACAUGAGUCAAGUAGCAGGCGUGUCAAGAGAGGUUUACAGCGCUCCUUCAGUGUCGGCGAGGCCUGUGGGCGGGACUGUGUGGUGCGUGCCCUGGGGGAGGAGCUCGAGGACGUGGGCCGAGGGAGGUCGCGGCGUCUGAGCGUCUUGGCGCAGCUGGCGUAG